AUGCGUUCCAACCGUUCCAAUCAGCGUUCCAAGGUUUUAUCAACAAUAAGUAUUUAUGCUCCAUUAACCAGUGUUGAUUUUCAUCCAAAUGGUUCAUUAGUUGCUGUUGGAACAAUGGGACAAAAUGCAUCUGUUUAUGAUUUACGUGAUCCAAAGAAUAAAUUAGCACAUUUAGUUAAUGCAGAUCAUGGAAAUGUUUAUUCUGUUCGAUAUGAAACAUCACAAUCAUCUACUCUUCAAAGACCAACAACACUUUCACAAGAAACAAGCAAAGGAAUGAGUACAUUUGCUCAACAGACAACACGUUCUCGUCAUACAUCAUCAUCCUCUAUUCAAUCACCAACAACAACGAUCGAUUCAGUGACAACAAAUCGAUCUUAUGGGACACAACCACGAACAGGACAAUCGCGUGAACGAACACUUUCUUCACUUUCAUCAACAACAACGAAAUCAAAUACACCAACAAUUACAUCGAACAAUACAACUAUCAAUGAUCAAAGUUCAUCAUCACCACGGCAACAUCGUAAUGAUCGUUCUGAGCCAAUAUCAACUUCAAGUGGAAAUACGAAUGAUUGUAUGAGUUUCGAAGAUUUCGCUCAAUUAUGUGGCGUUUCUUCGCGCACUCCAAUUGAGAAUGGUCACAAACCAGAUAGAACAAAUGAAAUGAGCGAAUCAUUAAAAACUUUGUUGGAUAAUCGAGUUGAUUGUUUACGAGAAGAUUUCAAAGAUGAUCUUGCUCAAACAAAACUUUCAAUGCAAAUGAAUUUCAUCGUUGAAUUGGAAAAACUUCGAAAUGAUUUAAUGAAACAAAUUGAAUCACAUUCAUUGAACGCACAAUUAAUCGAUGAAAUCGAACGACUUCGAGCAGAAAAUAAACGCUUACGACAACUACAACCUCGAAUCUAA